UGCCUGCUCUUCCUUGGCCUGCGCUACUCUCUAAAGUACGAGGUCGUGGUUUCCGCUGGGGUGGCGGUUGCUUUUGCCAUUGGUUCUACCGUAGCCUUGUCCUCAUCGCAUUGCGUCCGCUGCUUUGCCGUGCUGGUCCUCAUCUCCUGCGGCCUGAAGCAGACGCGGAAUGUACUUAUCGCCGCCGGAACAAGUUUAGUGAUCUUGUGGAACGUUCAGAACACACUGGAGAACCUCCGGGGCCUGGCCAAAAGUUUGCUCUGCAACCUGGAGGCCAAGAAAGUCCUAGUGGACCUGGCUCCGCUCAGCAACUAUGUGCAGAUGCUGAAAUGGGUCGGGGGGCAGCUCAAGCACUUCACAGACUUUGGCGUUGUGGACAGCAAGUCAGAGUUCAAGCUGAAGGCCUCGGUCGACUCGGUGGAGUUCCAGCAAAAGGUGUCUGAGGCCAAGCAGGUGCUGAACCAUACGGCCAUGUCUGCCCUGGCCACCAUGAACACGGCCUCUUCUGUUGCCCAGAAGUGUUUCCCAGGGCUGGGCAUCCUUUUGCUCGUGUUCCUCACCUUCCGCUACGUGAAGAAGUACCGCACGGACAGGAGGUUUCAGAACAUCUUCAUCACCAACGCCCUGCUGCGGUACGACGAGCAGCAGAGGGCCCGGGGCAGGCCCUCCAUUUUCCCGCUGACGGAGAAAGAGAAAAAGCGCUACGUUGUCAUUCCGUCUUCCCUUCCUUCUGCAAAGGAGGGAAAGGCCAUGUUGAAAUUUGCCAUGCCGGUCUUGACUAACCUGCUUAUCUGGCUGUUCUUCAUUGGCAUCGAUGCGCUGGUGUAUUGGAUCAUAGGAGUGCUUCGCACACGACUAGAGGAACUGGAACCGUUUCAGGUCCCUGUGAUCAUGCAUCUAAAGGAGGACAAGGCUGUCAUCGGGAUCCCAAUCCCUGUGGACAGAAGCAGGCAGGACUACUCUUACAGCAUCUUCCUCUUUGAGAAGAAGUGUCUGCCAGAGCCCAAGCUGCUGGUGUACUCCACCGCACCCCUGGUCAUUAUUCUCACCCUGCUGGUUGGCCUCAGUCUCCUCUCAGCCAAACUCACCCAACUCCGGCUGUUCGUGUCCGAGCACUUCUUCUCGGAGCAUGCAGAGGCGCGAGCCCAGCACCUGCACGAGAAGAUCCUGAGGAAGAGAUCCAAGACGAAGUUGGACAUGCUGAAAGAAGAGCUGGCGACGCUGGUCAAGCAGGCUCAGUUUUGGUGUCCGAUCAUAUUUGGACAACAGCAGAACAGUUUUGAACCCCUAGCCUGACCCAGUCUUCAUCAGACAUGAUUAGUGCCAAGUGGAGUGCAUGUCCAGCCAAGUCUGCUGUCAGAACUACUAACACCUGACGCUCAAAACACCAGAAUACGGCAGCAUUAAGCCUUAUUGCUUAACUUCUACGAUGAAGACAACAAAGCACCGCAGACAAGUGAAUGACGGAAGGCUUAAUGGGAACAGGAGACCUAAAUUGCCAGAUGACAAAGAAAAUGCUUCUGUUUCUGCGGCAGACGACUCCAUGGACAAGGGACCAAACUUCAGGGAAGAAACAACACUUGAGUUAUGGGUCAAAUCAGAGGAGAUGAAAGCGGUGUCUGUGGAAAAAGAAAUUCCCAUCCAAACCAGUGAAUUUCCCUCUGAGUUGAUGAAAUGAUGGAAUGCCUUCAACUGUCAUUCAAAGAGGUACAUCCAAACCAACUGACACAUCAGCUAUUUAACCUGUGUGUGUCUUAUAACUUGUCUUAUGUCUUUCCUUGAGUUUAUCAGCAAAUUACUCCGAAAUUACAAAUCUACAUCCAGAGUAGACACUCAUGCAUUUCCACUUGUUUAUGCACACCUGCUGUGGCAACGUGUGUGCGGCAGAGAAAAAGAGGGGAUGUCUGCACACCGGCGUGGCCUGAAGAAGACCCAGACGGAUUUGGGAGCUAAAAUCUGGUGUGUGGACAUUCCCUGUUUUUGUUAUGUGCUCACUUUGUCCAGCACCUGGCCUGAAGGAAAGUCGAGAUGAGUAUACAACCACUCUACCGAACUAGGAGAGAAAAUGAACAUGGAACAGAGUGAGUAACUCAAGAUAGUUUGCUUAGCAGAGGUUGGUCCUGAUAUGGACAGAUUAAGUACGGUUAUGCUUUUUAGUUUAACCCUGUUAAGCAUACAGUAUACUAACCACACCCCAGGACUCAUCAUUGCCUGCCUCAGGAUGCAUUCCAAUAUUUAGAAAAAAAAUGUUGUGUGGGCUUUAUAUUACGACAGACAGGUGUACAGUUAGCAAUGCUCUUCAACACAACCAAUGGCUGCACUGAUGUCAGUAGCCUACAUGUAGCCUACACAUUCUGCUGGGCAAAUCAAAGUAGGGUACUGGACACUUAGGGAAUGGUUUGUGAAAAUGAACUUUUGCCGAACCACUUUGUACAGUUCCACUUACUAAUUUGAUGCUCCAUGUACACUCAAAUAAUGUACAUUAUGAUUUUAUCUUUAUUUUAACGCCUGUUCACACUUUUAAAAAUACUGAACUAACAUAAAUUAUUUUUGCUGCUUUCAGUCUUCCGUCUUGGGUAACAUCCCUGCCUUCCUCACAUUAACCACCAAUUAACAUCAACCAGCACCUACCAGUGGCUAUGCCAAGGAUUUCACGUUAACCACCAAUUAACAUCAACCAGCGCCUACCAGUGGCUAUGUCAAGGAUUAUUAAACUCUUCUCUACUAACUUCAUUCUAAUUUGCAUCAUUUCUUUCUACAUUAAAUUCUUAAAAUCUUU